AUGGCGAGUGGGUGCGAGUGAGAAUGAGUGGCUACAUGUUGCAAAAAAAGCGAAACAUCUACAUCGAAUGUGUUGAGAGACAUGCCGACAUAACUUCUGUGUUAUUGGAGCUGUCGUCUUCGGAAAACUACUUCAAAUGACAACAAAAAAAAAACAAAAACUCGAUGUCUGCCCAGGGAGAACCAAGGACAUUCAAAAAUAAGAAAUCAAGAGCUCUUGAAAUAUUACAAUACAGCAAAAUGCAGAAAUGAAUAUAACUGAUUCUGAACUGAGAUGAACCACGAACCAUCACAAUUCUGCGGUCCUCCGACUAGAGAGGGCGCCACCCUCAAUGUGCCCCUCCCCCAAUCGGCCACGCUAUCAGACAUGUGUGUGAAUGGACCCAUUGUGUAUGAAUGACUGGACUCAAUGCUGAGGAGCCAGGUUCAUCUCCUCCAACGAGACGCCCCCCCCCCCCUCCCCCCCGACGGGGCACCAUCCUCUCCCCCUGGUGGGCGGGGCCAGGAGUCCGGAUGAGUUGUGUGUGCUUGGCUGCGUGCGUGACUGGGAGUGUGCGAGUCUGGGUGAGAACGCAUGCAGAGACGGGAAAACGAUUCAAAUACAACAUCUGAAGAAGAAACAAAAAUUGAGAAACGCAACAAUGAGGUUUAGCAAAGGUUUUCAGGAAUGAAAUUCUGCCUUUGAAAGAGGCCGAUCCUCAAAUCCCUGAAAGGAAGAACUUUGGAAACGGAAAAAAAAAAGAAAAAAAAAAUCGUCAUCACAAGGAUUAUUUUUUGUUCUGAAUUAUUGUUAAGUUAGUAUUAAUUGACACUGGACAAUGUUAUUGGCAGGUGUGGAGCAGCGGUGCAUUGUAUUGAGAUGCAUUUGGUGGCUUUUGGGCUUUUCUUUUUGCCUCCAGUGUGUUCCUUUUUUAUGAUUUUUUUUUUUUUAUUAUUAUUAUUUUACUUUCAGCUUUUAGUUUCAUUGCUUCUGUAAAGGUGAUUGAUGACGAUCGUACUCCAUCCUCACACCAGAUCCCUAACCUGCACACCAGACGUGGGCUUUGAUGCUGUGAAAUUCUGACACCAUCACUAUAAUCAACCAAAUGACCUGUUCCCCCUUGGAAAUCCUUCAUUCAUUUUUCUUUUUUUUUUUUCUCCCCCCCCACUUCUCCUUCGACUUACUGCAAAAUUACUGCUCUGCAGUAUUGUUGCCAUAGCUUUGAUUAUCACCAAGGGAGAAGAGAGCAAUGGCCAUUUCACGUAGGAUUGUGAAUCAUAACCUUUGCAUGUACUAAACUAUAGCACAGUUAUUUUUAGGGUAUUUUAGUUUCCUUAGGCUGUGGAUACAGUGUAAUUUUCAUUUUAAGUAAAACUGUGCUUAAAUGUUACAUGUUUCCCCCUUCCCUUACUCCUCACUAGUGUCUGAUUUGCUAAAUAAUCUGUAUGGUUUUGCACAUGUACUGCAAAGUGAGGCCUGAAGUCUUUCUGAAGGUGUGUUGGUGGGCUUCAUAGGUUUUCAACCGCCAACAGCCUCUCUACAAUAUGCAUCACUCAACCACAAUCUUUGUUGUCUUUCUAGAGUAAUCCAAUGAUGCUUUUUAGUGAUACUUGAGAAAAUAAUGACUUUAUUUCAGGAGCAGCAGGAAGGAAUCUGCUAAUGUAUCUCAGAUAGACUAAGAGGGGACUGAACGUCACCCUUUUUUCAAAGUCAAAAGGGUGUUGCCACAUCAGACUGGAGUCGUUCUAAGUGGGUUUUCCUGAAUAAUAAAUAAACCCAUGAACAAGUUUGCUGUAACUUUAGUACCUUGCAGAGUCCCCAGCCCCUCCCCUCCCCUCUACCAGCUAGGUGUUCAAGCUUACCCUCUUUCAUUUUUUGUGUUAACUUCAAACACUGUAGUAAAUGAUUACACAUUGUGCUCAUAAACCUUCUGUUGAAUAUAGGGGUAUUUUUUUUUUUUUUUUGCAGCAUUCCUUGUUAGCAAACGUGGUUUCAAAUCUAAAAUUAUGACCUGGAAGGAAAAUAAAAAAAGGUGGUUUGCCCCCUCCCCCAAAAAAACUCUUUUUUUUUUGGGAGAUAGGCUACACAAUAGGUUGUCUUCGAGAAAAUAAAUAGUGAAACCCAAAUCGAGAGACUGUGUGUGUGUGUGCUCUGUUGUGGAGAAGGUGGUGUGGCUUACAUUUUUUCCGUUUAUUUGCUUGUUUCUUCCAUUUUUUUUUAAAAAAAAAAAGAAAUGAAUAAUGGCCAAAUACUUUAGUUUCUCUUAACGGUCGAGCUUGUGUUCAAAUCGGGAAAAGGCGCGAUCUGAUUGGACGGGGAAACCGUUUGCCCGCAUGCGUACUGCGGGACAUAAAAAUGAUGCGUUAAUAACCGGUUGGAAAAAGUAGGUUUCGAGAUAUGGCCGCGGUACAUAAUAGACAGCAUUUAUUAAUUAAUUUAAAUGUUGAAAUGAAGACAACACCUUUCGUAGACGAGGUACAUGAUUGGAGUUAACCUCGCAGACAAUGCGUUUAUUUGUUCGGCUUUCAUUUGUUUGUAUUUUUUAAGUGAAACACGUUCCUCUAUUCAUACCCGGAGCUGCUUUGUGAAUUAGGACUUUACUGAAUGCACCUGAAGGCAGCACCGGAAGGGACAGGAAAUGAAAGCCCUGUUUUGGAGAGACAAUCUGCUCCGAACAGACGGUGAGUUUUUUAAGGAGAUUUCUCGACUCAAACACGUUUUUAAAUUUUUAACGUUGUCUUACGAAGAUUAAAAUGAAUAGACGAUGCAACGGACGACAAGAAACGGCAGAUAAGUCGCAUAGACAGUUGCCGUUUCAGCUGUUGUGGGGCUAGCGUCGCGUACUUUAGGGUGUUUUUGAGUUAUUGGGUAGGUAAAAUAAAAGAAGUGUAGUUCGUUUUGGGAAAACUAUUUUGUCCGUACAUAAGUGACCCUGAAGCUCUAGCGGUGACGCAUAAGUACUUAUUUGCUCGUUAUGCAGGGUAAAAACGACACUGUUGCGGUGAACUUUCCAUUUUGAUAAGAAAAUAAAUGUUAUUAUAGGGAACAGUGGAGCAGCAGUUACCUGUAGACUUAACCUGUCUUGGCAAAUGUCGUGAAAUCGUUAUAAUUCAGCAAUUUAUUAAGGGUGCAACAGAAAUGUGUUGCUUUUGAACGUGCAUACUGCAUGUGUGCAUGGCUAAAAUUAGCUGUGCACUGAGUCUGGCUGAUGAUAAUAGUCGUGCAGCAGCUGGACACCUGUCACCUGUUUUGAAUCUGGGCGCCAACCUGGACUACUUCAGACAGGGAUCAGGUUUUUUUUGGGGGGGGGGGGGGUGAACGGUUGCGCAGCUGAACAACAAACUGUGUGUUGUGUUUGUGUGUGUGCGGGUCUGGGUGGGUGCUGGCAGAGGGCCGUCUAUUGUCACUGCCGUGCCGGCUGUAACCAGAGGAGAGAGCCCAUAAACACACAAUGCUACAUAACUGAUCCGGUAAUAGGAGCUGAGCCGGUUUUGGCUGUUCUCCUGUUAUUCAGUGCAAGGUCUGCUAGACUUCAGCAAACUAUUGAAAACUGUGUUUAGACGAUGGUUUAUUACACGCCCAUAGUCAUCUUAACACAGCAAUCCAGCUGGAAAUCUGCCUUUGUGGUCCUUAUGUUGAGUCUUUGGUGGCGCUGUCAUUUAUGCUCACUUGCCAGCUCAUUAGGUGAAAACAAGUGCAGUCUGAUCUAACCUUCCUGCUAUAAAUCUUCAUGAAGGUCAUGGUAUUCUGCAUUUAUUUAAAAUGACCAAGAGACCUGUUGAUUAGACUGUGUUUUCAUUUUGGAGACUGUGCUUUGUGGUGCUGCUGAAUCUGUGACCUAAGACUAAAUAAUAGAAACAAUUCAGUGUUCAAUCCAGUUUUACAGCAUCACAAACAACAUCCUCUAGCGUGAUCAUACGGUUGAAUUAACAUGUUUUUCACACGGUUUAAACUCAACAUUGUAACGAUCAUGAAACUCUGCUUUAAAGCAGGGCUGUUGCAUUAAAAUACACUUUCACUGGUGUACCUAAUGAACUGACAAGUGAGUGUAUUUUAUUUUAUUUUUUGUAGCAAUCGGGCCACUUGCCUGCAUUAGAUUUCAAUGAGGUGCUGAAGGAUUGGAUCUUGAAAAUGCAACAACAAAAAAAAAACAUAUAAACAGAAUUAAAACAAAAAAUAAAUGCUUCAUUUCUAAAUCUUUUUGUAUAAAGUAUAAAAAUUUCCAUUUUUGUCUUCAAACAUGUUGUAUCCUAGUUUUAAAUCCAUUAUAAUCUGUUCUUUAUUUAACGGCACUCUUUGCCCCCUCUUCUUUAAGUACUCAUGGUCCACUCACUUUCCAGCUGUAGCAUGCUAACGUAUUUUGCUGAACAGGUGCAACACGUAGCUUUUCAUCCGCCCUGCCGCCCGGUCUCUAGCCUCCGCCAUGGACACCCUGGAGGAGGACCUGACGUGCUCCGUGUGCUACUCUCUGUUCUCUGACCCGCGGGUCCUGCCGUGUUCGCACACCUUCUGUAAAGGCUGCCUGGACAACCUGCUCCAGGUGUCCACCAACUACUCCAUCUGGCGCCCGCUCCGCCUGCCGCUAAAAUGCCCCAACUGCCGCAGCGUGGUGGAGCUGCCCCCGGUGGGCGUGGACGGCCUCCCCACCAACGUGUGCCUGCGGGCCAUCAUUGAGAAAUACCAGAGGGACAGCGAGCCUCGGCCGCCCUCCUGUCAGGAGCACCACAGGCAGCCUCUCAACAUGUACUGCAUCGAGGACCGGCAGCUGAUCUGCGGGCUGUGUCUGACUGUCGGGGAGCAUCAGGGCCAUCAGAUAGAUGACCUGCAGGCGGCUUUCGUCAGAGAGAAGACGACGCCAUCGAAGCUGCUGGCCAGGCUUUCUGAGAGGAGAUGGGCACAGGUGUGCGAGCUGGGGGAGCAGCUGGAGCAGGAGAGGUCCCGCUGUGAAGGCCUGGUGAGGCAGGACCGGCAGGAGGUCAAUCAGUUUUUCCUCGGCCUGGAGGCUGUGCUGGCCAGGAAGAGGCAAGCGUACCUGGAGGCUCUAGAUAAGGCGGACGCAGAGGUGGCGCAGGCCUACGACCCCCUCAUCCACAGAGUGAAGGAGCUACAGGAAGAACAGCUGGACCUGGUGUCACUGGGUUCGUCGGUGGAGGAGGAAGACUCGCCGCUGGUGUUCUUGGAGAAGGUGCAUUUGUUCAGGGAGAGGGUGGAGGAGUUUAUCAAAACCCCUCUGCCCUCUGUGAUAAACCUGUCGGUCACCCCGCGAGCAGCAGACUACCUCCAGCAGCACUGGCCGGCUGUGACCGUCGGGAGCCUGGAGGAGGCUCCUAUACCCAAGGUGUGCUGCUGCGCCAGAUGUGGCAGCGCAGAAACCACAGCCGUGGCAGAUGGGUCCAACAGAGGGGUCCAGGACUUGUGGGGUGAGCUGAGGCCGACCGCCGCGGUGCUGCUGGCGGGGCUGCUGCUGCUGCUGGCGGGGCUGUGGGUCAACCCGGUCGGAGGGGCGUCGCUGGGCUUCUCCCUCCUGUCGCGGUUCAGUCAGUUGCUCCACGGCCUGAGCAGCGAAGUCCUCACGUCCGUCUGGGACACGGCAGCCUCAGCGUACGCGGUGACGGAGGCUGCAGUGGAAGGGUGGCGCUCAUACCUCUCCGCGGUGGGGGACAAGUUCUUCCAGCGGGUGGGCGCCUUACUGAAAAAUCUGACUUCGCGCUGAAAAAAGGAAAAACCGGAACUGAAAACUAGAAAAAGAAAAUCUCACUUCCCGAUUUUUGCUGUUAAGGGAACAAAUCCACCCUCGAAUACUUUGUCAACAGCUACUACCUAUGAUUUCUGAAGCUAUUUUGAUAUUGCACAGUCCAAAAAAAAAUCUAAAAGGCGAACGUCAGACUCUGCUUAAGGCUUCACAAAGAGAAGUUCCUUUUUAGAUUUAGACCAACAUUAACUCUUAACGUGGCGCUUCAGAUCUUUAACAUGAAUUGUAGCGUCUCUCCUUUGCAGCACUUGUAAAAUCAAUGAAAAGUUGAGGCAUUGACUUAACAAAUCAAGAGUUGAACAAAAGACACUCAUAUUUUAUAUAAUGUUUCACUCUAAACACACCAAGGGGUCGUACGGAGACCUGGGGAAGUAGUGGUCUGUUCAUUUCCAUGUUUGAGAACUGCACAUGAAGUUUUGAAAAAAAUACUAAGUUCUUCAAGUUGCUCUAAAUGUUUUUAUUCACCACUUUCUGAUACCUCUUAAUAGGAGUAUAGCAUGUAUGUUAUUCCACAUUCAUACUGUGGUUCAACUAGGAACUAUUUAUCUUAUCAGAUAAUCACUAAUCAAAAACUCUAUAAAAGUGUUGAGCACAGAGGCUUUAAUUAUUCAAUGAGUGCACACAGGCUCCUCGGCCUCCUUUCCCAUCAUGCAUCACAGUUCAGUUCGUUCCUGCUGUGGACAGCAGCUACGCGUGGAUCUUCUUACACCGUUUACGGUGAAAUUUAGAGCCUGGUGAGUGGAAAACAGACCCACAGUGGACAUUAAAGCCUCCACGGAUCAUGUUGCAGCGAUGCUGAGUGGAUCCGUUCAUGUGCCUUUAACCAUCGCGCCUUCACCUCGCCACACUCCAACAGCUUCACGGUGCACAAAUUUAGUCUGUCCAUCUUUACCGGUGCGUUUAUAUCCCACAAAUAUCAGACGUUCUGAAAUACCAGCUAGAAUCGUAAUUAUGUUUAACUGUUUUUUAAUUUUUAUAUGCUGCUGCACAAAUAGCAUUUUGGAUAAAUGUCAGAAAUUGUUACUCCGACCGGUUGUAGCGGUCACCUUUUUAUAAAGUGCUCUGUUCCUGUAUUAAAGCUGCAAUAAAUGAGUUUAAAUGUUA